UAGAACUAUUAUAUAGAUGAAAAAUAGGGUCCCCGCGGAGAAUGGGACCCCGUAGAAAAUGGGGAUAGGGGGCAAUAUUCCCCCACUGCGGCAAAUGGGGACGGGGAUGGAAAACAAAUCUGAGGGCGGGGAUGGAGAGCAGAGAGGCAUCCCCCGCCCUGCCCCGUUGACAUCCCUACACACACAGCCUUUUUUCAACUGUGUCGUCUCUGCCAUUGGUGUUUAUUGUCUCCGCCGUAGCCGGCGCCGGAGCAUGCAGCUGCCACCACCACCACAAAACCGUUGCUUUUCUGGUCGUUCUUCCGCUGUUUCUGCUUUUGUUUCCGUGUAUGUCUCUUUGGAUCAUUGCCGCGCCGCCGCUAUAUUCCGCCAUCCGCCUUUCCUCGUCGUGACCCAACUCUGUUGUUCUCCAUUCUCUAAAAGCUGGCUUCGCAUUGCAAACUCUAGCACUCAAGGAUCAAGGGAAUUGGAAACGGCGUCGGCAAACUUUUUAGUUCCCCUGUUGAGUUCCUCUCCGGCAAGUCUUGUAGUUCAGUAUGUGGACCAACAUGGGACUUUCUUUGCUACAUCGAAAAUGUCUGCGUUGCCAAUCUCUUGAGACUCGCCAUGGUAUUUAUUCUGCUGUAUGCAGUUCUAUUAUUCUUUUAUCUGCUGCAUAAAUUAGGCGUAUUCGGGUGCAUUGGGCGGGGUCUUUGCAAAAUAAUAUGGGCAUGCUGUUCUUAUUGUUGCAUAUGGGAAUAUGCUUGUGCUUUUUCGUGUGCCAAACCGCACAAGAUUAAAAGGAGGAGGAGGAGAUUAAGAAACACUAUAGAUAACAGGUUCUACUUCGCAACUGAACAAGAUUAUAGUGAUGAAAGUAUUUCAAAUCGUUUUCCAUCACUUUCGCGUAGAAGGAGAGACUACAAAAGCUCCCAUUUAAGAAAAUCUUUACGGGUUAGAAAUGGUGAUCAUGCUCGAGUUAAGAUUAGUAGUUAUAAAAGCAAAAAGCAUCAUGGCAAUAAUGUAAUGGAACAUUGUGAUUACAAAGGCAAUGUUCAUGAUAUUAAGGUAACUCGUACAUCUAAGUUUGCUAGAAAAGGUGUCAAUAGGAGAAAAAGAAUUCUUACAAAGUAAUACCUUCUUUGUAUUAUUAAUGCAUAUGCUUAUGACUUGUUAAUUUGAGGGGGGAAAAAACACGUAUCUUCUUGCUUUUUGUCUUGUAACAUUGAUAGAAAGGAGAAGAAUGUUGUAAAGUAUGGAUAAGUCUAGAGUCUCAGUCCAGACUCCCGGGUUUGAAUUUUACAUGAAUUUAUGGAUAGGGCUUUGCAAACUAAAUUAUUUGAAAAAAAAAAAACUAAUUUUAAAUAAAAAAAAUCUAAACCAAAUUGUAUCUAUUUUUGUAGUUUGGUUUUUAAAUUCAAAUUAUUUAAAUAAUUUCAGAUCUGGAUUCAGAUCCAAAAUAUAAAAAAAAAAAAACUUUAAUCUGAGUCGGUUCACACCUCAGCCAUUUUUUCAACUUUUACGGUCUCCGCCGUAGCCAACACCGGAGCAUGCAGCUGCCACCACCACCACAAACCCGUUGCUUUUCUGGUCGUUCUUCCGCUGCUUUUGCUUUUAUUGCUGUCGCAUACGUCUCUUUGGAUCAUCACCGCGCCGUCACUCUAUUCCGCCAUCUGCUGUUUUGCCAUCCGCCUUUCCUCGUCGUGACCCAACUCUAUUCUUCUCCGUUCUCUGAAAGCUCUUUUUGCAUUACAAAUUCUAGCUCUCAAAGAUCAAAAUUAGUGUCUCAUUCAGAAUCUCAAUAAGAAUCCCUACUACAAGGUCAUAAUCAUAUCUCACCAAUGUGCAUUUCAUCAUUUUCUAAAAAUUGAUUCAACUUCAGAUAGACUAGGUUGCUCUUUUAAUUUUCUUCUCAUUGUUAUGUAUGUAUUUUACGCUAUGGAUAGCUAAAUUCCGUGAUUAGUUUAUGCUGAUUUGAUUCUAUAAUGCAUUAUCUACAUUUAUUUCAUUACAUUUAUUAGUUGAAAAC